AUUUCUAGGAGAGCUGAAAAAGAAAGUGACCAACAAGGCACACGUUGAGGCUUCAAUUUGUCAAGCGUAUCUUCAACAAGAAAUCUCAACGUUCUCGUCUUUUUACUUCGAGCGUGACGUCAUCACCAGAAGGAAGAGACCUGCCCGGAACGAUGACAUUGGCGAGGAUUUAUAUGAAAAUGUAGUUUCCAUCUUCAAUUACCCAGGCAGAGGUAAAGGUGCUGCGACACAACGAUACAUCCUGGGUGGGGAAUUGCAAAUUGCGCAUACUUAUAUCCUCAUGAAUUGUCCAGAAAUCUCACCAUUUUAUCAUGAAUUCCGAGCUUCUAUAUCAGCCUUUCUUGAGAAUGAAAUUGAUGCGUUGGUGGACUCUGAUUUUGUAAAUUGGUACAAGUAUCAGAUCAAUAGUCGUGGGAUUGUCGACCCUUAGUUAGUAUCAUUAGCGUGGGGCCCAAGUGCCAGUGCCAAAGUGUGGCUGUGUGAUAUGUGAUAAACGGUUACACAUAUCACACAGCCGAUUACGGACAGGGCCGACCAACAACGAACAACGGG